CGAUAAUCUUGUCUGUGAGUGCUUGGACGAAGACAGCCAGACAGUAUAUAUGCCGGGCAGCCCGCACAAUACUAUUUCCCCCUCCACAUACCAAGGCGAUUUACCACUCCACGACAUACUUAGGCAGUGACUGAACCGAUCGUAUUGGCGCGUGACCGGAAUGAAAUGAGCGAGAAGAUUACUUAUCGAGGCAACUGCCACUGUGGGAAGUUCAAGUUCGAGGCCGACCUGACGGAGCUCAAGACCGCGACCUCCUGUGAUUGCGUCGCUUGUCACAAGAACGGCAUUCUCUGGGCGUUUCCGGCGAACGGCGAUUACAGAAUUAUCCGCGACGACGGAUCGCUCACUAGCACCCGACACGGCGAUACACUUGACCACAAGUUCUGUACCAGUUGCGCGAGCUCGGUCGCCGGCACGCAUCUGAGCGGGCCGCUGAAGGGCAAAUUUGGUGUCAACGUCCGAACACUACUUGACGUGAACCCGUUUGCUCUCGAAAUCGAACAAUCAAGCCACCCCGAGGCCAAGGUCGAGACCAUCGACUCCACUGUUGAUGCGGAGGGCCUCAAGACUUACAAAGGCAGUUGCAUCUGCGGUGCCGCCACCUUUGACUUCAAGACCAGACCGCUCCCAGAGCUAUCCGAAGGCGACAUCAAAGAAGACAACUGCAGCAUCUGCGUGCGAAACGCAUAUAUAGGCGUCUACCCGACUCCAGCGCAAGUCACCAUCCCGCCUACCUCGGACGCCGAGGCCGCGACAUACGCCUGGGGCUCCAAGUUCAGCGGAUUGCGCUUCUGCAGGCACUGCGGCGUCCAGCUGUGGAGCGACCUGUGGGGGCCGCCGGCGGAGGUGGUGGCGACGUGGCCCGAGGCACGGCAGCAGAUGGUAAAGCGGAAGCUCAACAUCAAGCCCCUGAAUGUUCGCGUGCUGGAGGGUGUCGAGUGGGACCAGAUCGAGAUCCAAAGAAGCGAUGAAGGGACCGAGGGGUAUGUCGUUGAUUGAGUGACUUGGAAGUGGUCAUGGUGCAUGAGAAAGAGGGGGGCGCAGUAGCUUACGAGAUGAAAUACUAAAGACGAAUCUCCUUGGUUUUUAUUACAUGUGGAAUUAUACGUAGCCACCAUUGCGGUGAUCCUGCUGUAAACGAGCUAUAAGAAUC